AAGAAACCGCAAAAAUGAAUGCGACAGAGCAAGGCAAAACACAGGAAUUGGGGUCAGAGCUUAGCAUGUGCUAUAUGCUGGACAGGGAAAGAGAGACAAAGACUGUGUACCUGUCUGUUCUCAAGAGGAUCCUCACUGUCCCUAAAAAGGCUGCCGCACCGAUCAUCUGUGAAGAAUUGCAAUGUAUUUUUAUCCGGAUUCCUACAGAGAAAACCAUGGCUUUCCCUUGUUAACAUCAGUCAGGGAAGGAAGGUCAGAACAAGACGCAGCAGGAGAAAGAGGAGAAAGAGAGCAGAGGAAAAGGAAAAUAAACCCGUGGAGGAAAUACAUACUAUUGUGAAUGUAAUUAAUCUUACUAAUGACCCUAUUGAUGAUGACACUACAUCCCUAUUAUCCAGAGGUUUGAAUUAUGGACUUUAUGAGGACUUUAACCCUACUGUUUUUGAAAUAGACUUGGAGAGAUCUAUUAGGAAUAUUAACCUAAAAAAGUUAUUUGUGAAUAAACCUGCAACCGAAAGAAUAUGGCACCCUGGAGAAAUUCCAGCUACGAUUGGGACAAUGGGACUGAUACCAACCGGUUUUUCGGACAUAAAAAAAGAGUGUAUCGCAAUGCUUACAUCAGAGUUUGAAGAAAAGGAGGACACUACUCAAGAAUCUAUUUCCCUAGCCUUUUCAAAAUAA